UUGUCUUAUUUUGUCAGCUGGGAAAAGUCAGCCGACUUCAAUGAUCGAAAUGUUUGACAAUUAAAAGUGAUAACAAAAUGUUUGUAGCUUACUGUGUGAUUCUAAUUAAUAAUUUUAAGCUUUAUAAAUUGUGAUGGCUAUAUUCGAGAGAUCCUCGCAAACCAAAGUCCAAAUAGAUGACACCGAAAGGCUUGAAUGUGUUUUAGAAAAUGCGCAAAAUAUUAAUAAUCAUACCGAAUAUAUAUUGCGUGUGCAGCGAGGGCAGAAUAAGGAGAAUAGAUGGACGGUGUCACGUCGUUACAGAGACUUUGCUUCUUUGCAUGUCAGCCUACUGCAGGCUAACGUUGACCUUCCUAUUCCACCUAAAAAAUUUAUUGGAAAUAUGCAACCAUCCUUUGUGGCUGAGCGACAAGUGGCAUUGCAGAAUUAUAUAAAUGAAGUCCUGAAACACAAAGUGCUAUCUUUAUCAUUGCAAGUAAGAAGUUUUUUGGACCCUAACAAUUAUCCAUUAUCCAUUAAUGAACAGGCACUGCAGACUAUUUCUAUAGCUUUAAGAGGGGAUGGUCAGUUUGAAUUAAAAUGUCCAUUGACAGAUAUUGGAUGGAGAAUAAGGAAACAUUAUUUUUUAGUCAACGAGUCAGAGAGUCAGUUGAACUGUAUGCUAUCAUGGCAGAAUUAUGGCCCCGACUGUACUUUACAUAGUAAAGACUUACAAUUAGCUUUCAAGAGUUUACAGAAUAUAUCUCAUCCCUAUAUAGACAAUGUAUUAGCGAUGCAUACAUUAGAAACGGGUGCCUACGUAGUUAGAAAAAUUCACGAGAAUGGAAGCAUUAGAGAUUUAUUAUAUGGGACUGAGUACAAUAAGAAUUAUUUAGCUAAGUAUGGAAAUCCGAAGGUUAGGAAACCUUUUACGAAUGGACAAAUAUCACAUUAUGGAUAUCAAAUUUUACAAGCAUUGAAGUUUUUACACGACAAAGAAUUAUGUCACGGAAACGUCCAUCCAGGAAACAUAACAAUAGAAAACCAAACGGCUCUUUUAAUGGAUGUAGAGAACUUUCUAAUGGGCGUGCCGAGUCUCUAUCGACCGUUUCUACUGGAGCUGAAGCGGACGAGCUCCGCAGAAGCGGUCGAUGUCUAUUGUUUUGGAAGAACAUUGUACGAAAUGGCUUUUGCAGCACCACUUGAAAGCUACUACUGUGAUAUAUAUCCGGAGGGAAUCUCACAAGAUUUGGAGGCGGUGCUGCGGCAGUGCGUGUCGGGCGCGGCGGCGCGGCGCGGGCCGGCGGCGCUGGGCGCGCUGCUGCGGCACCCGUUCUUCACGCGCGCGCACGUCGACGUCGGCCGCGCGCACCUCAAGUUCCCCCUGCAGCUCAAGGACCAGCUCAGGGCGGCGCGACACGUCGCGGAGGAGCGGCUUCGGCUCGGACAGAAAUCGGUCCGAAACACAAAAAGGGAAGUGAGAAUACAGGAAAUCCUAAAUUCUGAGGAUGAAAUGAAAAAGCAAAAAAGAAAAGCGAGGAGACGUGAGAGCGUGUGGAAGUCGAGCUCGUCGCUGGCGGACGUGAGCACGGCGUCGUCGCCGUCGCCGCCGUCGCCGCCCACGCCCACGUCCACGCCGCCCGCGCCGCCCGCCGCGGCUUCAUCGCGCGGGGCUCUCCUGAGCGCCAUCUGCUCCUUCGACAAGUCGCGGCUGUCGCGCGUCGUGUCUCACUGAGCGGUCGCGCCUCGCGGGUCUAUUGGCAAUGAGAUCCCCUGGCGACCAGAAGCAGAACUAACUUUUGUUCAGACAUAUGCUUUAUUUUUCAAGUGAAAUUUGAACAAUUUAUAAAAUAAAUGACAAAAAUUGGAGUAUUGAAAUAUUAAUAAUCGUAAUGGAAAAGUUAUCGAACAAAAAAAUACAACUAUGAAUGUCGUUAAUAUAACAAAUGGGUUUAAAUGUUGUCAUAUCUUGGCUAACAAUGAGCACUUAGUUGAGCUUCGAGAAACAGUUUUUAUCCAGAAAUUUUUUAUUUUAUUCUACCC